AUGCUACGACAGCAUCCACCGACGAAUCAGUCAGGUCCAAAGGAACCAGCGUUGUCAGAUGCGGAACCAUUGGUGGGACGUCAGGUUCCUGCCCAAGCCUAUGCUGAAGGAGAAGUUCAUGCGGGAGCAAUAGGUCCGCAGCAACAGAAGGUGCCCCAGCAAGUCCAACAGCCUAAUCAACCUUUCCGCCCCAAUACCGGUUACUACGUUCCGCCAGCCAUGAACCUGAAUACUCCAGCACAUGCAGCUGUAUCGUUUCCCGUACAGUGGCCACCAAAUGCUAAUGUGGGUUUCGUGGGUAAUCGAUACCCAACUGUCAGCCAGCAUCCCGUGCCACCAGCCAGCGCGUGUUAUCCCACAAGUUUCUACCAGCCACCAUACAAUGCUGGUCAGCCCACAGGUCCAAUACCGACUUGGGGACCACUGAAUGCAGCACAUCAGCGGUCGAAUACGGUGCAGGAAGCAACAAUAAGAACCAACACGACGCAAGUUCAGCGGGAGCCUGGACAUAACACUCAGCAGUCCUUUGCAGGCCAAGCUCCGAGCUUCUACCCUGCGCCAACUGCUGAAGGAGUUUUGAGUGCACAACAUUUAGCCGCCCGUCAAGUUGUAUCCCGCGAUCUUCCCAGAUUUUCUGGUGAUCCCCUUGAGUGGCCAAUGUUCAUUAGCGCAUAUGAGUCCACGACGGCCAUGUGUGGGAUUCAGCCGGACGAGAACCUGGCCAGGCUUCAGAAAUGCUUGGUAGGAGGCGCCAGGGAGAAAGUUCUUAGCAUCCUAACGCUGCCGGCUGCGCUACCCGAGAUUAUUGAGACACUGCGGGAAGAAUGUGGACGACCAGAACAGCUGGUUCAUUGCCUCCUGGUAAAGAUUCGACACGCUCCUGCUCCGAACGUUAACAAACUCGACACGUUAAUUAACUUUGGCAGGGAGAUCAGGAAUUUGGUAACCUACAUCGAAGCUGCAAAUUUGCAGGAUCAUUUGUCGAAUCCGAUGCUAUUGUCAGAACUUGUAGGGAAGUUGCCCCCAAGUCUUCGGCUAGAUUGGGGGCUUCAUACGCAGAAGGUUCCCCAAGUGACACUAAAAGCUUUUAGCGAUUACGUCACGUCAAUUAAGGCUGCUGCGUGCAAGGUUUCAUUGCCAAAUGAAAGCUGUCAGGAGGAAAGCCGUCGUGGAAAAAAGGAGAAAGGUGGUUUCGUCAAUGCACACUCCAUCGAUGAGAAGCGUGUGACCGAGUGCAGUACGAGAAACACGAAUAACACAUCGUCUUCUAAGAAGGAGUUUCUGCCUAGGUCCGAAACCUUCAAACCCAAGCCAUGCCCUGUUUGCAACCGGAACGAUCACAAGCUUCGAGAAUGUGAAAAGUUUAUCGGCUUCAAUGUGGAUCAGCGUAAGCGUCUUGUCGGUGAAAUGAAGCUGUGCCAACGUUGCUUAGGGAGCCACGGCAAAUGGCCAUGCAGAAUGAAGCAGUCAUGCGAGGUCGACGGCUGUGCAGAACCGCAUCAUAAACUUCUGCAUCCCUCGAAACCGAAAACCAGCAGCAGCGUCCAACCAGCAGGUUCAUCUGGUGUUAUUUUCGCCCACUGUUCACGGCAAGCCGGCGUACUAUUCAAGGUACUUCCCGUCAUUCUCUCUAGUAACGGGAAAUCCGUCUUGACCUUCGCUUUCCUGGAUGACGGAUCCAACCUCACGCUGAUGGAAGAGGAAAUUGCCGAUGAGCUUGGAUUGCAGGGUAACGUAAGUUCAUUAUGCAUCCAAUGGACCGGUAGCGUAACAAGGAAAGAACCGACCUCACGACAAGUUGAGCUGCGCAUUUCUGGCGUCCAUGGUGGACCGGAGUAUACCAUGUCCGAAGUCCAAACCGUGCCUCACUUGGAUCUGCCUCAACAAAGCCUGGACUAUGAGAAACUCUCCAAGGAAUUCCCACACUUAAGGGGACUUCCAGUACGAAGCUUUUCGAAUGCGGUGCCCAAGGUUCUUAUUGGACUAGAUAACGCGGCGUUGAAGCUGACACUGGACAAACGCGAGAGACGAAGCAAGGAACCAAUAGCUGCCAAAACGAGACUUGGGUGGACGAUUUUUGGAGGAGCACAAGGAGGACAACAACGGGCGGAUCGCGUCAUGCUACACGUAUGCAAUUGUAAUGAAGACGAGACUCUUCACAAUCUCGUCAACGACUACUUUUCGGUAGAAACCAUUGGUGUUAACCCUACGAUGCCUUUAGAGUCACCUGAAGAUCAGCGAGCAAGGCAGAUCUUGGCCCAAACUACUCGCCGCACUGACUCAGGAAGAUUCGAAUGCGGCCUGUUAUGGAAAAGCGACGACUUCGAACUCCCUGAUAGCUACAAAAUGGCGGAACGACGGAUGGUUUGUUUGGAGAAGAAGCUCGGAAAAGACCCAGCUCUGAAAAUGAAGGUGUUAGAGCAGAUUGACGAGUAUCUGGAUCGCGGAUACGCCCACAAGGCUACUGAGGACGAGCUACGAGAUUCCGACCAACGUCGGGUAUGGUAUCUUCCCAUUGGCAUCGUCCAGAAUCCCCGGAAACCCGGGAAAGUACGAAUUGUAUGGGACGCGGCGGCACGCAUCGGAAAUACAUCGCUCAAUUCAAUGCUGCUCACUGGACCAGACCUUUUGACUCCACUUCUGAAGGUCAUGUACGGAUUCCGGCAACGACAAUAUGCUGCAGUUGGAGACGUACGACAAAUGUUUCACCAGCUGUUGGUUAGACAGGAAGACAGGCAGGCUCAACGUUUUCUAUUCCGGACAGAUCCGGAACAAGCACCGACAAUCUACGUAAUGGACGUCGUAGUUUUCGGAACAUCGUGUUCUCCGUGUCUUGCUCAACAUGUGAAGAAUACAAACGCUGAGGAGUACAAGGAACUGUAUCCAGAUGCGGCCUCGGCAAUCAUCAACAAAACCUACGUCGACGAUUUCCUGGAUAGCAGAGACAGUAUCGAAGAGAUGGUCCGUAUAGUCAACGAGGUGCGCUGGAUUUUCGACCAGGCUGGAUUCGAACUUCGAAACUGGCAGUCCAAUUCCGAGGACGUUCUUCGACGGGUCGGGGCCGACAUCAACGAAACUGCGAAAUCCUUCACGGUGGAAAAAUCUACGGUUGCCGAACGAGUCCUGGGAAUGAGAUGGGACCCCAAGGACGAUUUAUUCGUGUUCGAUACACAAUUUCGUGAAGAUCUUCUACCGUUGCUGACAGGAGUCAUCGUUCCUACUAAACGACAAGUUCUUCGCGUGGUUAUGAGCCAUUUUGAUCCUCUGGGCAUCGUAGCUACCUACACUGUGCACGGAAAAAUCCUUAUCCAGGACGUGUGGAGAUCUCGCGUAUCGUGGGAUGAUCCAAUAACGGCGGAAGACUUCGAAAGCUGGCAGCGCUGGGUGAAACUAGUUCCAAACCUGACGCAGGUUGAAAUUCCGCGAUGCUACUUCCCGAACUAUGACCCGGCCAGUUACGAUUCUAUUGAAAUCCACGUUUUCGUCGACGCUAGCCUGAAAGCGUACUGCGCCGCAGCGUAUUUUAGGAUCAUCGACAAUGGCUCGCCACGUUGUGCCCUAGUAGCAGCAAAGACGAAAGUGACACCAUUACAACCGCAAUCAAUUCCAAGAAAUGAACUGAGUGCCGGAGUAAUCGGAGUGCGACUGCUUAAAAGUGUUCUGGAGAAUCACUCAAUACCUGUCAAGAAACGGUACAUGUGGACGGAUGCAACGACCGUUCUGGCUUGGUUGAGAGUAGACCCACGAAAUUAUCGGCAAUUUGUAGCUUUUAGAGUUGCCGAAAUUCAGACAGAGACACGCGUGGAGGAGUGGCACUACGUACCAUCGAGUUUGAACGUUGCGGACAAGGGUACAAAGUGGGGAAGUGGACCCUGCUUCGAUCCAGCCAGUCCGUGGUUCACGGGACCUGAAUUCUUGUAUCGCGCAGAAAGUGAGUGGCCACGUCAACCAGCGAAGUUUGCGGAGCCACAGGAAGAAGUCAGAGUGGUCAAUCACCACGCAGCAGUUUGCGAUUUCGUCGUAGACUUCACGAAGUUUUCCAGUUGGGGAGAUCUGCUCAAGAACAUCGGCUACUUGUAUCAUUUCGUUCAUCGUUGUCGAUCAUCACCAAGAGUGAUGACCAAGAGCAGAGUUGCAGUCUUGGAGCAGAAAGAUUAUGCGGCGGCUGAAAGAAGUGUUUGGCGAGUUAUCCAAAGUGUGGAGUAUACCGGUGAAAUCGCAACUCUUCUCAAGAAUUCCGAGCUUCCCAGCGACAAACAGAUGCCGUUGGAGAGAAACAGUCUGCUCAAAAAGCUGUCCCCAUUUUUGGACGACGAAGGUGUGCUGAGGAUGCGUAGCCGUAUUAAUGAUGCUGCCAUCUACUAUUCCUACGACUUUCAAAACCCAGUGAUCGUUCCAAGGAGAAAUCACGUCACCGAACUGCUGAUCUACAAGUAUCAUCAACGCUAUGGACACGCUAACGCCGAUACCGUCGUCAACGAGUUGCGGCAACGCUAUUACAUAGCCAGAGUUCGUUCCGUAGUGAAAAACGUAGUAAAGCAGUGUAUGUGGUGCAAGGUUUAUCGAGCGAAGCCGGCCGAACCAAGAAUGGCGGAUCUACCACAUCCCAGAUUGAAGCCUUACGUUCGUCCGUUCACAUUUACAGGCCUGGACUACUUUGGGCCGUUGAUAGUGAAGCAUCGUCGGAGUAACGAGAAGCGGUGGGUAGCACUAUUUACGUGUUUGACCGUGCGGGCUGUACACGUGGAAGUAGUGCAUUCGCUAUCAGCAGAAGCCUGUAAAAUGGCGAUUCGCCGUUUUAUUUCCCGAAGAGGUGCUCCGCAGAAAAUUUUCAGCGACAAUGGCACUAACUUUCGAGGAGCCGCCCGCGAACUUGUCAAUGAAACAAGAGCCAUCAAUCGGGAGCUUGCGGCUAUAUUCACCAACGAAGAAAUCGAAUGGGUUUUCAACCCUCCAUCCGCUCCCCACAUGGGUGGUGUGUGGGAGCGAAAGGUUCGCUCAAUGAAAGAAGCGUUCAAAUCAUUGCACCACAGACAACAUCUGAACGAUGAGGAGCUUAUGACCUUCUUAGCCGAGGCUGAAAUGAUGGUGAACUCCCAUCCUCUAACAUUUGUACCGUUGGAGGAUUCGACAGAAGAAGCAGUUACCCCGAACAAUUUCCUGUUGAUGAGUUCGAGUGGGGCCAACACGUCAUCGAGGAUACCUGUUGAUGAAGAGGUGCCUCUACGGCUAAAUUGGAAGUUGAUGCAACAGCUGUUAAAUCAAUUUUGGAAACGUUGGAUCCAAGGAUAUCUUCCGACAAUUGCUCGUCGGACCAAGUGGUUCAGCGAUGUCCGCCCACUUCAAGUAGACGACCCGGUAGUCAUCGUAGAUGAAACUGUCCGAAAUGGGUGGUUACGAGGCCGAGUUGUGAAGAUCUACCCGGCAAAGGAUGGUCAAGUGAGGAAAGUCGAUGUCCAGACGUCUUCAGGAGUGUUCCAUAGACCAGCGAUCAAAGUGGCAUUGCUGGAUAUUCUACAGGGUAGUAAGGCCAUUCAAGGGUAAGGCAUUACGGGUCGGGGUGUUACGGAUUGCGUCCGAUAGGCCCUUUGGAACGGAUCUACACUGAAGCGGCGCGUACGAUAGACGACGCGCUGCGGUAAAAUGUCAUCGUUGACACGUCGUUGGCAGAUGACUCAAGGAUGACAUCAGCGAAAUAGAAGAUAAUGAUAAACAACCUUGUGCAAGCGAAGAGCUAAUGGUUAAGCUAAAUUAAUUAAAAUCUAAAUAUUUCGUUCUACCUCUUUUGAAAACGUAGUAAUGCAUUUGUUAUUCUAAGCUUAUGAGACUAAAAGGUUUGUAGUGUUCAAAGUUCGUGUAAUUAAUUGAAUUUCAUGCAAAUAACACUACAACAAAACAUGCCCACAUGUAUGUUAAUCAGUUCUUAAAAUUACAGCCUAAAAUCAGUAUUAUAACUACAAACUAUCUAAAUUCCUUAAUUGUAACCUAAUUAGUACGGAUAUCUUACGUAACCUUCAUAAACGGCAGCAGGAAUUCUUAUUGGAUUUUCAUAUAGUGAGGAAACUAAUUUGUAAGUAGCUUAAAUUUAUCAAUGAAUUCGCUUUGUUUAAUAAACUAUCUUUCCAGUCGAGUUUUGCGGAAAAUCCCGAACUGCGAAACAGUUUUUAUUACAAUUGGCU